UGGAGCAAAAUAUUAUAAUAACAGUGAAGAAAAUUUUACAAUCCUAACUGAUUCUGAUUAUUAAUCUCAAUUAAUUGUUUUAAAAUUUUAGAAAAAACAUUAAAUUUCUUUAACAUUCUUCCAACCGCUUUACCGUGAAACCAAAUCACGCGCCAAAAUGGGAGCGUCCCACGCCGCCGCGACGUUUCUCGCGCAGCUUCACUGCGCAUACCGCAUCCCGCGCUCUCGCUCUUCACCCCCGCGCACCGCCGCUCGCGCCACUGACCAGCGGACCCCGCGCAGGCAGUCGGCGCCAAAUCGUAUUCCCGGCUAGAUCUCGCUCGCUUGCGCCCCCUUCGCGAAUAUUAGUAUUAAGCAGAGACUACCUCACUUGCAUAUUAUACCUACAGUGUCUGUAGAACCUAACAAUACAGUGGACAUUGUGUUUUACCCUGAGUUUCUGUGUUUUACUACCUACCACUCCACGAUAUGACCUCUCAAAGUGCAUAGAGAUAAGAUAGGUACUUAGGUACUUUACAAAGCUAGCUACAAUAAAAAAAAAUUAGGUAUAAUAAAAACAAUAGCUAGCCAGGCUGAUGCGCUGGCUGAGAUCGCUACCAGCCCUCCGGUCCCUGGACACCUCGACCAGGCGCAACGAAAAUCCUUUUACUAAUCGUCGCGUAUCGGGUCACCACGGCCACAACCCCAAACGGCACAAAUAUGUGGCUGUCAGACAGACCGUUGUAUUUGCGCCAUUUGAGGUUUUCUGCAGCAACCGCCGCCGUCCCAGCCGCCGCGGCGCUGCCGCUAGCUAGACAGUAAAACAAAAUAAUUCUUCACAACCCGGUUCCACAAAACUACUGUUCGAAAAUGCAUUCUAUCGUUGAACCUAUCGUCAUCAAAAAGUACUUUCGGCUAACCGUGUUAUCGGACAAGCAUUAUUUCGGUGAAGCAACCUUGUAGUCGAUCUGUGCCUUUGAGGAAUCGCCCUAUCGGAGAACAAUAAUUAGUAAACGGUUCGGAGCUCUACAAAGUCCAGUUACAAUAUUUUUACCUUAAAAUUGGAACAAAAUCUUGGUUGUGUUUUAUCUAGUGUACUCGUCUACUAGCGUUCUAGUUUGCCGUAACACAGGGUAAUUGUCAUCGGCUACAAGCUAUGUACUGCUACUCUUGACACGCAAGACGGUUAUUCAUAUUGCGUUAAUAUUGUGCUCGAGUCAGAACCAAUUUCAAUUUAGAUUUGGUACUCUUGACGUCAAUUUGGUUACAAUUCGGUUUCACUUAAAAUUUGGUUACGAUUGUUUGAAACUUUUUUAACGACUUUGUGAAAGAAUGAAUGAAAAGGAUAAAAUAACAAAAACUGACGUGAAUAGUGUCAAGUUGACACGAUUCAUUCAUGACCAUAACACUUUUUUGUUUGUGAAAACUGUCUGUUGUUGUCAAGUUGUAGUAGGUAGCUACUUACCGGUAAUAAAUUUGCAGUAGAUAUUAUAAAGGCGUAAAUAAAGCUCUCGAGUGCUCUCUCUAACCUGCCCAACGCUGUCUACUAACUUCUACCAUGGUAAGUAAAGUUAUUCACGUAGAGGGAGAAAUCAAGUUUAUUCAGUUACUUUACACAAUAUGUAGGUAUGUAGUUGCAUUAAUUAUCGUAUGCACAAUCAUUAAUUUGAGUGUACUUCAUUUCUUCAGAGUUUUACAAAUCGGCCAACUCUUCGCCAAACCGAAUUGUUGGUGGAGUUUUUGGAAAAAACUCCAAGCCUAGCCAGAGGCCUUCUUAAAACUGCACACGGCCGGGCUGAAUCGAAAAAAAAAUGGGCUACACUGGCAUCAACCCUGAAUGCGGUAGGUGGUGCAGUUAAAGACGGGCCCGGCUGGAGCAAAUACUGGACCGAGAAAAAAUGUUUUCUCAAAAUAAUUUGUGCUAAAAAGUCGGCAUCAAUGAGACGCACAGGGGGAGGACCCAGCGAUCCCACACCCCCAUUUUCAGAAAUCGAGCAGAGGAUGGUGGCGGUCAUGGGUGGUGAGGAGUUCGCCACUGGAGACCAACACCUAUCAGUCAACCCCUUUCCUGCUCAGGAGACCGCAAGAUGCCACACUCCAAUUGAGGUGCCCGAGAUGGCUGAGAUUCUUGUAAUAGUUGAGGCAGACCCAGAGCUUCCGGAUGUUCAGGCAUCAGAGCCAACGAUAAAUGUGGAAACAGAGGUAGAGGUUCCACCGAGGUCAGCCCAUCCACCUCCCACGGUGGAAAGACCGAGGCGCCGCCGUACACAAGUUGACACUGAAGUGGACCGAAUGGCGUCAAUUGAAGAGAAGCGUGUAGAGGCUGAAUUGCUCACAGCAAGGGCUAUGCAAAGCAUAGCAUCAGCAAUUCGUGAUGGGGCAGCAUUAAUUGCUAGUGCAUUGAACAAUUACAACAAUAGACAGCAUUAA